AUGCCGGUGGCGGACGAGCUGUUCGAUGACCUGGGGGGGAGAGAUUGUUUCUCAACCCUGGACCUGCGGAUGGGGUACCAUCAGAUCCGCAUCCGGGAGGGGGACCAGUGGAAGCUGGCGUUCUGGGGGCACGACGACAUCUACAUGCCCCUGCGCACCCCCUUCGGCCCAAAGAACGCGCCGGCGCUUUUCCAACGGCUCAUGGACCGGGUGCUGCGGCAGCUGCGGGAGGUGGCACGCGCCUUCAUCGACGACACGAUCGUGCACUCAUGCGGGUUCGAGGCGCACCUGGACGCGUUCCGCGCGGUGUUCGAGCAGCUGCGCAAGUACAACAUUAAGGUGCACCCGAAGAAGAUCAGGAUCCUCUUCCAAGAGAUCCCCUUCCUAAGGCACCUCGUGAACCCGGGCUGCAGCGUCAUCGCCCGGCCGCUGAACAACCUGCUGAAGAAGGACUUGGAGUUUCCGCGGAGCUGCCCGACGGAGUGUAAAGCGGCGAUAGACCAGUUGAAAGCGGGGCUGUGCGCGGCGCCGCUACUGGUGAGGCCGGAUCCGGGACGGGAGUUCGAGCUGCACACGGAUUGGAGUGCGGCGGGGUGCGGGGCGAUCCUCCAGCAGAGAUACGAAGCGGGGAACGAGCGGGUAGUGGCGUACGCGAGCCGGAGCAAUAACAGAGCGGAGUCGAACUACAGCAGCUACGCCGGCGAAUGCCUACCAGCAGUGUGGGGGUUGCGAUACUUCAGGGUGUACCUCUACGGAGUGCACUUCAAGUUGUACACGGAUCACCGGCCCCUGGAGUGGCUGAUGACGAGCCAGAACCUCACCGGCAUGCACGCGCGGUGGGCGCUGAUGCUUCAAGAGUUCGACUUCGAGGUGAAGUACCGGAAGGGGCUGGUUAACAUGAACGCCGACGGGCUCAGCAGAAGCCCCUUGCCGGAAACGGAAGACCUGACGGGGGCGCGGGUGCAUGACGACCCGCCGGCGGAGCCGAUGUGGGCAGCGUCCGCGCUGCUCGCGUGGCAAGCCUGGGCGGUGGGGCCGGCGCUGGGCAACGACCAACAAUUCCCUUGGGCGUGGGAAAUCGGGGGAGAAGAGUACCCCGAUGACCCCACAGAACUGGGAGGAGAGAGGGCAAAGAGCCUCACGGACAUAUGGGAGGAUGUCCACCGCCUACAGGUGAUGCGCGGAGAGCAGCCCGACCCAGCCUGGAGCGAGAAGGAGCAAGAGAGAGUGCGCCGGCGCAGCCUGUCAUACAGGUUUGAAGACGGGGAGCUACUGCGGCGGCUGGGGAACGGGGAAGAAAAGGUUGUGCCACCGCCGGCGGAGCGGGAAGGCGUGGUGCAGGCGGUACACGAGGAAACCGGCCACUGGGGAGAGAAGCGGACGGUUCAUCUGUUGAAGCGGGCGGGGAUGUACGAGUCGGCACGGCGGGGAGUCGCGGGGUGUCACCAUUGUGACCGGACGAAGGCGGCCUUUGCGAAGGAGAUGAGCGUGAUGCAGAGUCUGCCAAUCAUGGGGUUGGGGGUUGCGGAGGCGUUCCUAGGGGUGCUGACGCGGUUCGGGGCAUGCGCGGAAGUGUUGACGGACAACGGCAAGGAGUUCGAGGGGGAGUUUGAUCAGCUCUGCCAGCAAGUGUUGCUUGACCACCGAACGACGUCGCGCUACCACCCCAAGUCGAACGGGCUGACGGAGCGGCUAGUGCGGACAAUCAAGGCGGGCAUCACCAAGUUCGGGUCGGAAGCGGACCGGCGGACGUGGGACGAGUGGCUGCCGUGA